AUGGUUACAUUUAACGGCUCAAUCUUCAUGCCUUCUGCAUUGAUACUGAUUGGAAUUCCUGGCCUGGAGUCAGUGCAGUGUUGGAUUGGUAUUCCAUUCUGUGCCAUGUAUAUCAUUGCUGUGCUUGGGAAUACCAUCAUUUUAGUUACAAUCAAAAAUGAAAACAGCCUACAUAUACCAAUGUACGUUUUUCUGGCCAUGUUGGCAGCCACAGACAUAGCACUUAGCACCUCUAUACUGCCCAAAAUGUUAGGCAUCUUCUGGUUUCAUUCUCCAGAGAUUUCUUUUGAUGCUUGCCUAUUGCAAAUGGGGCUUAUUCACUCAUUCCAGGCCACCGAAUCAGGUGUCCUUCUGGCAAUGGCCCUGGAUCGCUACGUGGCCAUCUGUCACCCUCUGAGACAUGCCACUAUCUUCUCCUAUCGACUACUGACUCAUCUUGGAGUUGGGGUGACACUUAGGGCACUCAUUCUUAUAGUACCAAGUCUCCUUCUUAUUAAAUGUCACCUGAAGCGCUAUCGAACUGCAGUUAUCUCUCAUUCUUAUUGUGAGCACAUGGCUGUUGUGAAACUAGCAGCUGAGGAUGUCCGAGUCAACAAGAUAUAUGGCCUACUGGUUGCCUUCCUCAUCUUAGGGUUUGACAUAAUCUUUAUUACCCUGUCCUAUGCUCGAAUUUUUAUCACUGUUUUCCAGUUGCCUCAGAAGGAGGCGCGAUUGAAAGCUUUCAACACCUGCAUCGCUCACAUCUGUGUCUUCCUCCAGUUCUACCUCCUGGCCUUCUUCUCCUUCUUCACGCACAGGUUUGGCUCACACAUCCCACCAUAUGUUCACAUUCUCUUGUCAAAUCUCUACCUGUUAGUCCCACCUUUUCUCAAUCCUAUUGUCUAUGGAGUUAAGACCAAACAAAUCCGUGACCAUGUUUUGAAAAUGUUUUUCUCCAAAAACCAAUCUUGA